CCAAGAUGAAGCAGCACCAGUACCCACAGCAACAGUUCCAACAGCAGCAGCAGCCGCCGCAGUACCAGCAGUACCCACAGCAGCAGCAUCAUGUGACGGUGGUGCACACGCAGCCGCGACGUGCGAGCGUCAACUUUGUGGUGCAGUUGGCCGUGCUGGCGCCCAUCUCCGUGGCCUUGCUGGUGGGCGCCUACUUUGCCAGCAUGUACUGCCUGAUCUGGGUCAUCGGCAUCACCUUCUACACCCACUUCCUGAUCCGGUACACGUCCGCUGCAAGCGAGGCGCCCAUGCUGCUCAAGACGUGGCUCGUGGUUGGCUACGCGGUGGUGGUGGCCGCCUGCGCCACGGCGAUUGUGUCCCUGCAGAACUUCUUCCAGUGCGUCUCGGACGGCGACGUGGACCCCUCGGACAGCGAGUGCAAGCGCGCGCUGCGCUUCUUCUACGUCUCGUGUGGCCUGUACGGGCUCGUCUAUGCCGUCGACUUUCUGCUUGCCCUCAGCCACCUCCUGAAGCGUCGCGCAGUCAACGCCGGCGGAUACUCGCAAGUGUGACGUGCAUUUGUGUGCGUGUGUGUUUGUUUGUUGAAUGAUGGUGGGUCGCGUUGUCCUGCCCUCCCGUCCUGUCUUCGCACUCCCCAUUCGUCCACUUCUUCCAUUGUCGUCUUUUGUUCGUCAGCCGUGUGCGACUUGCACUGACCAUCGUUGCGGCGUUGCCCUUCCUGCUCCCUCUGCCUCGUGUUACCCCCUCUUGUGUCCAGCACUUUGGGUGCUGCGCUUCAUUACAAUUCCACUCAUG